AUGAGUGAAAGAAGACCAUCUUCGAUAUCAUUAACUAAAUCCCUAACCGAUUGGUGGUCAUUUCCUAAAUACUUGAAAAGUGAUAAUAACAGUUCACCAAACGAAAGUAAGAAUGAAGAAUUGGAACAAGCCAAGUUAAGAAAUCGGUUAAUCGAGUAUGAAUUAUUUAAAGCUAUUUUAUCGGACGAUAUCUACCUUCAUCCUCCCAAUAGUGAAAGUGGGAUUCCCGAAGACGCUCAAAUUACAGGGGAAUUUUUAGACGUAGAUAUUGGAGGAGGAGUGACGAUUCAUGAGUUCUAUUUAGAAAAUAGGGUGAGAGAAGACUCUCAUAACGACAUAGUUGAUAUUGUGUUGAUUCAUGGAUAUAUGGCUGCAUUGGGGUAUUUCGUGAAGAAUUUUGAGGAUAUAGUUAAGUCGAGACCAGGGGUACGGUUGCAUGUUAUUGAUCUACCAGGGUUUGGAAACUCGUCUCGGCCUAAAUUUCCUACUGAAUUCUUGGUCAAACCCUCCACUAGAAAUGAAGAGAUAGAACAGAUUUUGAACAUAGAAGAUUGGUUUAUUAGUAAAAUCGAAGGGUGGAGAAUCCACAGAAACUUGAGAAAUUUCAAGUUGAUAGGACAUUCUAUGGGAGGCUAUUUAUCUAGCUGUUAUUUGAUGAAGUACAACAAUCAAUACUGUGAUCUGCAAGAAGAUAGCUCUAAAAUUAUAACAGACUUUAUCAUAGUAAGUCCCAUGGGAACUGAGUCAAAUUACAUCAGUUUGCUAAAUAGUAAGCUGGACUUUCAUGAAAGCAGUGACCCUUUAAAAGAUUUAGUCACUGUUCAGACAGGCGAUGAAAUCAUCGUCCAUGACGAGGAAUUUAAAGAAUUGUGGGAAAAACUAGGUAAACCAAGAUUUCCAAAAAACAUAUUAUUACAAAAACUAUGGGAAUGGAAUAAAUCUCCAUUUCAAAUGUUGCAGAUUUUAGGACCAUUUUAUUCGAAGUUAUUAUCGUACUGGUCAUUUCAACGAUUCAGGAAUUUGAAAGGAAAUGAUGAUGAAAAUGAAAUUAAUGUUGAUUUGAUUCUCAAACUCCACAAUUAUUCUUAUUCUAUUUUUAAUCAAUUCCAAGGAUCGGGAGAACUAGCAAUCACGAAGUUGAUCAAUCAUGAAAUAUUGGCCAAACUACCGCUAUGUGAUAGAGGGUUUGUGAAAUACCUACAUGAUUCACAAAUAAGGACAUUGUGGCUCUAUGGUGAUAAAGAUUGGAUGAACUUCAAAGGAGGAUAUCAUAUUUUUGAGCAAUUGUCUAAGAUUAAUUCUUUGAGCUCGUUUCAAAUCAUCAAGGAUGCCGGUCAUCAUAUUUAUUUAGACAAUCCUGAAGAAUUUAAUAAGUCUUGUUUAGAAUUUUUUAAUCUCGUAUAG